GGUGAAGAGCGCAGGGGCUCAGUUCCCAAGUGUCUCUGGUCCGGAACGUUUUGGAAAUGAGUGUUCCUCGACCGUUGCUGUUUGUUGCUUAUGACGAAAGCCUAAUGAUGGGUGGAGAAGGAAAGGAACUUCAUGCCUUGCCGAAGACGUGACGAAAGUAGGGAAGAUGAAAGCUUCUACGAUACCUUGAAGGGGAAAUGAACGAGCGUGUACGCUGCGUUGAAUGGGACUACAGAGUAUCUACUUUUGAAGCAGAUGAGCGAUACCGUUGGAGUGGAGUGAGCGGCCUAGCGGGGCAGAAUGGCUCUUUGAACGCACCAGAUCUGCAGAUCUGACAUCCGUAGAGUCCAGGACAGAGGCCACACAUGAAUCUGGUUGACAGGGCAAAAGGAAGAACACCAAGAGGAAAGUGCAGACCCAUGGAGAGGCAGGGAUCGAAGUGUGUCCACCCAGCGACGUGUCUGCUUUAUACUGGCAGAGUGCAAGCGUCCAACUCUCCACGAAGCCCUGGCCGCGGACAAACUCUGCUGUAUUCCUCUAGGCGCGUCAGCUAGGGUACCAUGCCGUUCUUGCUUUGUGGUGGUAAAGAAAUGAAUGAACUUUUUGCGUGGAACCUCAGUUUUGUAGCUCCACUGAAUUCGUGGCAUCUGAAGAACUUUGCAGCUGCUGCCGAGUGCAAGAAGGGCCUGGCAGCGCCUCCAAUAGUCUGUUUCAUGUGCAGUGCAUGAUAGGAGGAUCAUAUUGGACAGCUUACUAUCUUUGCUGCUCCGUCUGUGGACCGCGUUGGGCUGUUUAUGUUACAAUGUUCUAAGUUCGUAAUGUUUGCGGAGCGAUGAAAUUGUUAUGCAGCGUGUGGACAUGGACAGUGAACGACGUUGUUUAGAUAGCGGAGGACAUUGCUUGGCGCCAGGAUUAUGACUUUCCCCUCACGUAUUACGCAGCACCUGCGUGGUUUCGAUCUAUAGGUGAUAUUCUGUAGUUUUUUAUCUGUAUGGCGUCGCGUCCACCCCAUCCUACCCUACCCACUGCAAUCCGUAUUUGCGUCUAUCAAUCUCACCAUUAUAGCCAGCUGUUGUGCAGUGCUCCCACCAGUUCAAGUAUUAGUUCAUGCAUGAUUAUUGCCCAUUGGAGCGCUACAUGUACAUGUAGCAGCUGUAAUGUAUGCCAAUGCGCCUUCUUUGUGGCUUGAUUCUCUGCCGGUGCUGCAUUUGGCCAUACGGUACCGUUUUCAGGACAGUAUGGCUAGCAUGGCUGGCGUCUCUUAGUGUGUGUGUGUGUGUGCAUGUGGGCGGUGGGUGUCCUCCUAGUGUGGAUAUCAAGUCCGUGUGUCCCCUUGCAGCUUCACUCUCUUGCUGUCUUGCCAUGUGUAUGUGUAUAUCGACCACAGUCACUAUACUGUGUAGCCCUAGACUCUGGUUUUCGCGUGGUGCUGAUGUUCUUUUGUCGGCAUACCUUAGAAUCGCGCACACCACAGCUGUUGAGCGUCGUGGGCGACAGUAGAUCGAUUCGACCAUUUUGAGUCGACCGGCUGCAUGUACGGAGGGCAAGCGCAUGAAAAAAUCUGAGUUUUCGGACCGCAGGAUUUUGACUGGCGCGUGGGCAUGGGCGACUGUGAAAUGAGCAUCUACUCUGGCUAGCUCAGUUGUCGCCCCAGCCCACGCAGCCACAGCCCAACACAUAUCAUGUACAUGAAGGGUCUUCUGUCCUAGUGUUGGCUUCACUUGCACACUUUCCAGUCGUCCCGGAAUGCUUGAUGGUCUGACAUACAGUAGUUACUGCUAGUACAGUAUCCGUGUGUCCGUAGAAUGGAUACCCCACGCACACCCAAGUAGUGCCAGUCCCGCUCACCCACGCACAUACUUGCCAUGGGCACAUGAUACAUGUGCCAGCUCGCUGUGCUGAGUGAUCACGGGAUCUGCUUGUUCACGUACUUGACUGCGACUGUGAGAGGGCAUGACCACCAUACCGAGUACUGGGAACACGAUGUGCAUGUACAUACAGGAAAGACAGUAGGAGCAAUCAUACUGCAUACCCACGCACUGCAGAAUCUGAACAGGGAAUUAUGCAUGCCACGCGUACUCACCACGCACACACUUGGCUUGGAUAGCCUGCAUGCUGCAUGCGUGCAUGUCGAUCGGGGGGCUAGGCUCGGAUCGGAGUCGACGUCGAGGUCGAACUGGGUCACCAGCCCACGGGUUAUAAGUUCACUGUUUGCACCAGAGAGGAAUCAUAACAGUCCACGAGACGAUCAACAACACUUCAGUGAAAACACCUCUCUCUCUAGCUCUCUCGAGUCCAGUCUCUUGAGCUCGCUGCACGCACACUCACUGCUGUAUAGUUCCCGUGUGUACCACACUCCGUGACGUCAGAAUGGAUUUGCUUCUCCAACAAUCUUGCAGUGCUGGUGCCGAUGCACUCUCCUGUGCCAUGCCCACCAUCGCCUCUGUCGGCGUAGCGUCGUCACCGCUGAGCGAGCAAGUCUCACCAGCUGCCGCCUCCGCCGAGCCGGCCAUCACUUACAAGCCCAUCCUGGACGAGAAGCGCUGCACUGCCAACAGGCGUGAGCGCGACCGGGUCGAAGCCCUGCGCAAGGCCUUCACAGCGCUGCGCGGUGUCACGCCCAAGGACGUAGCCGAGCCGGAGCUGACGCGCAUUGACGUGGUGCGACGCGCGUCCGAGUAUAUCGACUAUCUGUCCGGUCUCUUGAGCGUGAGUGACAACAGCGCGAACGAGCCCGAACUUUGCCAGGAGGAACUCGACCUUGAUGAGCUGCGCUCGUCGUUCAUUUGCCACAAAGUCGAGGAGAACACCACGCAGAUCCUGCCUGAGAAGCGAGUGAUCUGCAACGCCCGCGCCAGAGAUCGCAGCAGACGCACGAAGCACGCGUUCGACUCGCUCAAGACCCUGGUGCCCAUUCACCCGUCGGAGCCGGAACUGUCGCGCAUGGACAUCCUGCGUCGUGCCGGUCAGUACAUUGCCGUCAUGAGCAAGAUGCUGCAGGAGGCCGAGGACAAAGAGGUCGCCUCUGUCGGCGCCGUCACGUGCGACCUGGACUCGUCACCCACGUCCGGCAUCGCCUCGGCUCAGCUCAGCGUGGGUUGCAAUGGCGAGGGAAGUGAUGACGCCGCCACAACUCGCACAAGCGACAGCAGCAUUCACUCUCGACCAUCACCUCUCACUGUGGACUUGCAGUGUAGCAAUACGUCCUUGCCCGCAGAGACGGUGGAUAGCGAUUACGGCACAAUGUCGCCGCCAGCCUCGGCCAACAGCGAGUGUUCAUUCACAUUUCCCAGCGUUCGCGACUCAACCAUCACCACAGCCAGCUGCAGCACCACAUCAACAUCGUGUGUGCAAGCGUCCUAUGCCUCACCCAUUCAGUCGCAACUGGCACGGCCUACCCAUCCGGAUACCACCUGGUCGUCGGACAUGAUGCAGUCGAAUGCUACUGGUUGCCUGCGCGCUCGCAGAACCCGCCAGCUAUCCAGAUCGGCAGCACAACCCUACCCGGCUAUGACUCGCGCCUUUGGCUCGCCCAGUCCUCUGGUUCCGGGCAGUGCAGACCUGUCCAGUCUCCGUUCCACUGCCAGCCCUCGACCAGUGACUCCGCUCACUCCCGUUACACCACUAACUCGCAUCUACUUCAACCUGGUAGCGACCAACCAGCUGGCGUGGUCUCCAAGACUCGCAAGUCGAGUUCUGGGCAACGCCAUCCAGCCGCCAUCACCGCUGGCACCCGCUGCAAGCUGCUUCGUCGACCGCUCGCAGCAGCACAUGAGCGCAUCGGAGCUGGACAGGAUCCUGGAAGGCAACAGUCCCUCACCAACGGCCAGCGUACUGCAGUGCGUCGGUACACCCACAGCAUGGUCGUCGCAGCGACUUCCAGGUCAAAACUCCAACACCUUCUUCUGCUGAAUCCGAACUCUCAGAACUAUCAUAACUUUCAUCUUGAAUUUGACUUAUCUCAAUACUCCUAGGUAUAGACCUGUCUCUUGUCAAGUACGAUUCGUUUCGCAGCGCUUGCUUUUCGUCAAACCCAACCUUGAGCAUCCGAGAUUAUUAUCCUAUCCCGAGUCGUGUCCACAGAAUACGUCUCCCUCACACCUCCAGCUAUACACUAUCAUGCAUUACUAUUGAAAGUUCUGCCGAUCGGACUCAGCGCAGAUAUCACUGCCUGACCGUACGGAAACCUAAA